CAGAGAUCUGAGAAUUCCAUGUUUUAUUUUAUGCUUUUUCAGCAAAGAAAGCGAGUGAACUGGGGCUCAUCUGGCCAGAAACACAAUAGUACUGAAGAUGUCCUGUGUCUGGUUUUAUCUGCCUCUCUGCCUUCUCACAGCUGCUUGCCUGUGUCAUUCCCUUAAAGCACCCACUGCCAGUUCCCAACAGAGCUUCGAGAGUGGUCUCUUCAACUUCUACCAUUCCCUGAUUCUUGCUGAUGGUAAGGAAACUACAGUUCAUCUGCUGAAGGAUAUCCCUAAAAGGUAUUACUUCGUUUUGGAAGAAGACACGGCCCUUGUACCUUUCACAAUAACUGUGACCCCUUGUGAUGCCCCCAUUGAGUGGAGCAUACUUGUGCACAAACCUUCAGCACGUUUGCUUGGGAAAGCAGCACAAGGUGAUCUCAAUACACAAGAUGUCUCAAAAUUCCAGAAGGCUACAAGCAUGAUAUCCACCAUUUUCAACUACAAGGGAAAUUCUGUAGAGACUUACAUGGGUAUGUCUUCUCAGUCUGCCCUUUAUAUGCUAGAGUUCUUAUCUACCGAGCGUGACACACACAUCACUGUGUACUUAACAACUGACACAACGUCUGGGCACCUCUAUCCAGAACUUCCACUGGAUCCACGCAUAGAUGUUAUCGGCAUUGGCCAUACAACAGUGACUCUGACAUGGAAACACAGUCCCUCUGCCUUGCAACACAGAGAAAGCAUCCAGUACUGUCUUCUAGUUAAUGAAAAGCACAAUUAUAAGAGCUUGUGUGCUGCUGAGACAGCAAUCAGAUUCUCCGGGAUGAAAAUGCCACCAACGUUAGCUUUGUCUCUCUCUCCAUACCUUCUUGAACCACAGCAGGUAAUGAUAUUAUCAGACAGUGAACUGAGCAUCAUCAACAAAGUGAGCAGUGGAGAAGUCAGGCAGAUAUGUAUGGGUGCCAAGAACACCUAUACAGUGCCCGAUCUCAGUCCCAGCACUCAAUACUAUUUUGAUGUCUUUGUUGUUAAUCUUCUCACAAAUGCCAGUGCUGCUUACACUGGGACAUUUGCAAAAACUCUAGAAGAACCUGAACCUAAAGUGAUGAAGCUAAAAGAUGGGAAGACAGUUCAGGUUGUACUGGAUGGGAAAAAACAAAAAUUGUAUAGUUUGCAGUACCAAGCGAGGCACAAGAAAGUACAAUUUGCCUUUCAGUUGUGCCGUGGUCAAGUACAGGUUCACAUAACAAAAAAUGGUAAAAUAGUGGCAUCAGAAAACAUUCUGGGAUUGAGGUAUUUGUCACUGAAGGGAAAGCCAUUGGACAUGUACCUGGUGCAGCUAAGGUCCACAGAGGAAUCCAACUCUUCUGUGAAAGUGCAGGUCUCCCCCCAUUUCCAUAAGCCCCUAUUCCCACUUCUUCCAGAGAGCUUAAAAAUCAAGUCUUUCAGUAAACUGAGGACUUGCAACUCUGUCACCAUUGCCUGGCUAGGAACACAAGAGCAGAGCAAGUACUGUGUGUACAAGAAAAGAAUUGAAGAAGAUCAAGUAUGGAUGGAACUGAGAAAUACAGACACGUGCUCUGGACCUGAAUCUCGGCACAAGUCAGAGAAAGUGCUGUGCAAGUAUUUCUAUGACAUAAAUCUCCAGCGAGCUGUCACCACAGAGACUAUCAAAGGGCUGGAUGCAGGGACACUUUACUUGUUUGACAUUUAUCUCAUUGGGCCAUCUGGCAUCCCUGUCAGAUAUCACAGCAAAGUUGUGAAGACAAGGAAAAAAUGUUGAAGGUUCUUCCAGAGACACUUUGAAAUGAGUGAACGAAGACUAUUUCCAAAACCAA